AUGGUCGAUGAAAAUUAUUUUAAAGAAAGUGACAACUCCAAGGUUUUAGACUUUGAUCAAAUAGAAAAUGAAAUCAAAGAAUUCAAAACAAAACAAAAUGAAAUAUUUAAUUUUUAUGUUAAAAAUAUUGAUGAGUUAAUAGGAAAAAUAAAUAAAGCUAAAAACCUUUUAGAGGAAAAGAAAAAAAAAGAAAAGGAAAUAAAAAAUGAUGAUAAUAAUGAGAAUAAUAAAAAUAAUAUUGAUAUAAAUAAUACUGUUACUAAUAUAGAUAAUAAUGAAUGCACUGAUAAAAUAAAAAGAAUCGAAAGUAUAGAUGAAAAUAAAAUAAUAAAUAAAAAUAAUGUUAUUAUAAAAGAUUUAAUAAAAGAUGUCAAAUGUUUAAAUAUUACAGAAAAAAUUAAUAGUGAAAACAAAAUAUUUUAUAAUGCAUUGUUAUUAUCAUAUAGAGGUAUUAUAUCUUUAAUAAAACAGGAGACACCUGAAAUAUUUAAAGAUAUACAUAUUAAAAAAACUAUUAUUCUUAGAUUAAUUCUGAUUCAUUUUUUACAGAAGGGUGAUUUUUUUAUGUACUAUGUAUUAAAUAAAGAAAUUCUGAAGAAUAAAAAAAAAAAGAAAAAAAUAUAUAUGGAAGAAAAUCAAAUGGAUGAUUCAAUAUCAAACGAAGAAAUAAUAAAUGAAAAUAUUUUACACAAUGGAAAUGUCGAAAUAUCUGAAAAUUUAAAUAAUGUUGUGAUUAACCCUGAUACGUUAAAUGACAACAAUAAUAUCAAUAAUAUCAAUAAUAUCAAUAAUAAUAAUAAUUAUAAUUAUUAUCAUACAUUUAAUAGUGUACUACUAAAUAAUAUUAAUCCUAAUGCUCCAAUGAAUCAUAAAGGUUUGUUUAGUAAAAUUAAAAAAGAAUAUUUAAGAAAAAUAAAAUUCUCAGAAAAGAAUGAGGAAAUAAUAUUUGAACAUGCAUUGGUAGAAGAAGAAUUAUUUGAAGGAUAUAAAGAAUUACAUAGAAUUAUGUAUAAUUUAAAAAAUUAUGAUGUAAGUUCAUGUAUUGAGUGGUAUCAUAAAUGUAGUGAAUCAACAAAAAAGAAAUAUAUGAAAUUGAUUUAUUUAUUACACUGUAUUAGUUAUCUGAUAUAUUCAAAAGAAGAUAAAGAAAAAGCAUUACAAUGUUUAAGAGAUUUAAUGUUAAAUUAUAAAGAAAAUAAAUCUCAUAUCUCAAGAUUAAGCACAUUUAUAUGUAUAGGAGUUGAUAAUGCAUUUUUUAAAAAUAUGUUUUCUAGUGUCCAUGCCAAAGUAUUUAAUUAUUUUAAGAGAGCCUUUAAUGAAGAAGGAAUCGUCGUAAAUACGAAAAAAAAUAAAAAUAUAAAUAACAAGGAUACAAGACAACAAAGAAAUGAUAAUAUUUCAUGUAACCAUUUGGUAUGUAGUUCUAAUAAAAUUAGUAUAACUAAUGAAGAAACUAAUAAAAGGAAUGCAAACAAGUUAAAUGAUAAAAAAGAAUGUGUUAAAGAAAAAAUAAACACUCGAAAAAGAAAAUCUAGUAUAUUAUUAUGUAAUAAAGAUGAAAAAAAUACUCAUAAGAAUUGUACUAGUCAAAAAGGUGGAAUCCAAAUUUGCACUGAUAAAAAUUGUAAACAUAAAAUGUGCAGUAAUAAAUACAAUAAGGACAAAUCAAAUAUAUCAAGAUGUCCUACAGAUAAUGAUAAAAAAUGUUCCUCAUCUGUAUGUUCUAAAAAAAAAAAGGAUAAAAGAAAAAAACGAAAAAAAAAUGACUCAUUUUCUAUUAUGUAUAAAAAAAUAAAUGAAGACAUAUCUAGAGGAAGAAGCAGAAGUAAUAUAAAAAAAAAAAAUUUAAAGAAUAAAAAAGGAAAGAAUGAGUUUAUUUUGAAAAGAACCAUAAAAAAGAAAUUUACAAAUAUAUAUAAUAGAAUAGGUAAAAAGGAACCAAUUAAAAUAAAGAAAAAUAAUAAAAGUAAAAUUAAAAGUAAAUGUAAAAAUAAAGGAAAUAAUAGAAAAAAUAAAAAGAAAAAGGAAAAUGAUUCAUAUGUUACAUUUCAUAAAGAAUAUGCAUUGAAUAUAAAAAUGGAUCGUAGUUAUAAUAUCCCUUUAAUUCAUAAUAAUAUUUAUAAAGAAAAAUAUAGUAAUUUAUGUGCUACAACAUUAUAUACUAAUCAUUUGUAUGAGACCAAAAAAAAUAAUUUCCUUGGUCCUUUAAAUGAAAUAUAUGUAGAAAAUAAUAUUAAUGAAAUAAUAAGAAAUAACAAAAUGAAUAACGAUAUUUUAGAUGGUCGCUCUUGUAAUAUUUAUAAUAUAAAUAAUUCUAAUUUAAUAUUACCUAUUGUAAGUUUAAAUGAAGAUAAUUAUGCUUAUAAGAAUAAUUCAAGAGUAGGUGUUUAUAAAGAAGGAUCUAAUAAAAAAUAUAAUAUUAAAUCAAAUGAUACCAAUAAUAAUAAUAAUAAUAAUAAUAAUAAUGAUGAUGAUGAUGAAAAAUUAAAUAAUGGAUGGUAUUCACAUAUUCAUAAUUGUACUAAAGAUGUUAUUACAGAAAUGAUAUAUUCUAAGAAAGAUGAUUUUGAUAUUAUUAAAGAAAAUGCAAUAAAUAUGGAUAAAGAUAAUAUAGAUAUUUCAACAUAUAAUAAUAUAUAUAAUAUAAAAAGAGCAGAUGAAUCUAUUUAUUUAUAUGAAUUAAAUGAAAACGAAACUUCUCAAUAUUCAUAUAAUGAUAAUAAUUAUAUGACAUAUAAAAUAUUAAAUCGUACAUCUCAAUUUUAUGAUCAUGAAGAUACUAAAAUAAAUAAUUAUGCACUUCAUAAAUUAUUUAAACAUUAUAAUAAAAAUGUAAAUACAAAUAUAAAUUAUCAAUCAAGUGUAUUAUGCAAUAAUCAUUCAUAUAAUUAUAAUAAUUAUUUAUUUCAUAUUAAGAAUUUAUAUAAUAAUAAUAAUUAUCCUUUUUUUGAAAAUAUCCCAAAUUUUUAUAUCCAAAAUUUUGUGAAUAAUUUUCAGUGUUGUAUCAAUCAAAAUAAUCAUAGUUCAUCUUAUAUGAACCAUAAUAAUACCUUUUAUUCUUUAAAUAAUUCUUGCUUCAUCAAAAAGACAAACGUUUUAAAAAACAAGCUACCAAAGUGUAAAUUUUUAUCUGCAUCCUCAAAAGAUGAAAAAGAAGUGAAGACUGUUCAGAUAUCGACAGAACAAAAAAAAGAUUUAUCCUUAUCAUAUCAAAAGAAAGAUGUACCUAUGUCAUCAUAUCAAAAGAAAGAUAUACAUGUGUCAUCACAUCAAAAGAAAGAUGUAACCACAUUAGGCAUGGAAAAAAAAUCCACACCCAUAGUAUCCAUAGACAAGAAAGAUGUUCUUAUAUUAUCACAAGAAAAAAAAUAUGAAGAAAAGAGCAAAAUAGAUAACCAAAUAUCACAUAUAUGUGGAAAAGACGAAUGUAAUGAUAUGUGUAUAUUAAAAAAGAAAAAAAAUGGAAAGGAUGAAGAAGAAUAUUAUGAAUGUGUCAAUUUUAAAGAUAAUGAUGUAUAUACUAAUGAUGAAUCUACAACAAGUUCUUGUAGUUAUUAUAAAUCGUUUUGUUCAUGUGAUUCUUACACAUCUUCAAGUGAUGAUGAAUUUUCUUCUUAUUCUAGCGGGGAAGAAAACUUUAAAAAAAAUAUUAAUAAAGUAAAAGAACAAGUAGAUAUAAUGAAAGAAGAUUAUUUGAAAAAAAAUACUAUGAAUGCUUUGUUAAAUACUAAAAACAUACAAGCAAAUAAUAGAGCUAUAUUAGCUUCAAAAAAUACAAGGCUUGCAAAAACAUCUAUAGAUGUAAGUCGAAUUCUAUUAACGCACGCUCUAACAACGAGGGAUAUAUAUACGUUACAAAAUACAUUGUCUACUAAUAAAAGUAAUACAGAAUUUAGACGUAUUUGUUUGAAGUGGAAAGCAAAAAAGAUUAAAAGAAGAAGUAGGUUAAAAAAGAGAGAAAAGGGUGAUGACGAAAGUGAGGAUGAUGCUAAGGAUAGGGGGGGAAGGAAUAAAAAGGGGGGUACAAGAAAGGAUAAAAUGGAAGUUGACGGUGAUGAAUAUGAUGAUGAUGGAGAUGACGAUGAUGAUGAUGACGAUCAAUAUGAUGAUGAUGAUGACGAUCAUUAUGAUGAUAAUGAUGAUGAUCAAUAUGAUGAUAAUGAUGACGAUCAAUAUGAUGAUAAUGAUGACGAUCAAUAUGAUGAUAACGAGGACGAUGAAAGUGACGAUUUUUAUGAUGAACAUAAUUCUUAUGAUGAAGAAGAUGAUGAUUAUUUUGAUGAGGAUGAUGAUUACUUUGAUGAGCAUGAUGAUUAUUAUGAUGAAGAGGAUAAUUAUUAUGACGAUGAUGAAAACAUACAUGAUGAACAACCUUACAACUCUCCUAAUAGCAGUAGUAGUUAUGAUAUGAAUAAAAAGAGAAAACCUACCACAAGAAGUAAAUUAAAAGGAAAGAAGAAAAAAAAGAAUAAAAAAAAAAAAAAAAAUAAUAUAACUUCAACUAAUAAAUUAAAUCUUUCUGAUUCUUUAGAAUGUUUGGGUUUAGAAAAUUUUAUAAAAUUAACAAAAAAAAAUCUUUUUGUUAAAAAAAAAUCAGAUGAAAAAAAAAAAAGUGAAAAAGGGAAAAAAAAAACUCAAAAAUCAAAAAAAAGUGGUAAAACAAAUGAAGGUAAAAAUAAAAAUGUCGAAGGUAAAAAUAAAAAUGUCGAAGAUAAAAAUAAAAAUGACGAAGAUAAAAAUAAAAUCGAUGAAGAUAAAAAAGAUAAUAUGAAGUUAAAAAAGAAAAACAAAACAAAAAAUAUGAAUGAAGUUGAAGGAACUGUUUUGAAUGAUGAAAAAGGUGACAUGGAAAAAACUACAGAUGAGAAAAAAGAAAUUGAAACGAGUGAAAAAAGUAAUAUUAAAGAAGAAAGGAAUGAUAAGAAAGUUUCUGCAAAUAAUUUGGAGAAUGAAGUAAAGUGUGAAGAGGAUAUAAAGGAACAGAAAGAAAUACAUAAAGUAAAAAAUGUGGAAGUAGAAGAAAAUGUAUGUAAAGAAAAUAAUGAUGAUGAAAAUAAAACGAAUGAAAAUAAGGUAAACCAGAAAGAUGUUGAUCAGGAUGUGAAAAAUAUAAACCAGAAUGAUAGUAAUAUGACCGAAAAAAAUGUAAGUAAAAAAAUUCAAGAAAAUAAGAGUGAAAAUAUUGAAAAGAAUGAAAAUAGAACAAUUGAAAAAAAUGAAAAAACACAAAAAUUAUGUGACAAAAAGGAUGAGAAAAAAAAGAAUAAAGAUGACUUUGAUACAUUAUGUAAGAAGGAUAAAAAAGGAAUUCAUUAUGGAUCAUAUAAGAAAAAUAUAAAAAAGAGAAGAUAUUAUUCAAACUUUUUAUAUGAUGAAAAAAUGCAAAUGCAAAUGAAGAGAAACAAGAAUGAAGGAUAUUAUAAUAAAGGUAAUAAAAAUAAAAAGGAAAAUUUAGCAGCAAAGGAAAAAGUGAAAUCAGAAAAAGCAGGAUUUAAUAAAAAAAGCGACAGCAGUAAUAGUGACGAUGAAUAUAAAAAAUCAAAAGGAAGGAAAGGAACUGAUAAAAAACCCAACAAGGAUAAAAAGAAAUUUGAUAAAUCGAAUGACGAUAAAAAAAAGGAAAAGGAAAAACAAGUACAUAAAAAUAAUAAAGAAUUUGUAAAAGAAAAGAAAAAUGAAAAUGAUCAAGAUAAAUUAUUGAAAAAGGAGAACGAAAAAAAAGUUUAUGUUCAUCUGGAAAGCCCCUUGGAUAUUCUAGUUUGUGGUGGAUUAAUAAGCUCAAAAAAAUUAAUUGAGGCUCAGGCUAUUUUAAAAGAAAAUAAUAAAAGAUUACAAGAAGUGAAGAAUUCGUCUUUCUCUAAUAAUUCAAAUGAAAAGAGUUUAGAAAAGGAAAAAAAUAAAAACCCUAAUGAAAAUGGAUCUUUACUUUCUAAUUCUCUAGCUGUAGAGGUAGAUUUGAGUGGUUGCUUUUUUUUUCACUCUUCUUUUACAUGUCCUAUUAGUAGAGAUAAAUCGUCAAGGGAUAACCCUCCUUAUUUACUUACCUGUGGUCAUGCAAUUUGCAAAAAUUGUGUAGACAAAAUCCAUGCUCAAAGAUCAAGACAAUUCAAAUGCCCAAUGUGUCCACAAUAUUUACAUUUACUGGAGAUAAUUCCCUUAUAUUUUAGUUAA